CUUUUUUGUUUUUUUCAUUCGAAAAUUGCAUUAACGGUCCAGCAAUCGCGUCGUGCAAGAGAGGGGCAAAACAUCGAUUGUCCGAAUUUUUUGCCACCACCAAGGAAACGUCAGUUUUCAAACGUGGUUUUUUUGGAAGCAGCCGGAGAGGUAGACGUUGCUCUUGUGUAAACUUGUGUUAAUCCAGCGAAAAAAAAUCUUAAGCGAAGAAAAACCUGCAGCGGCUUGAUACACAACUUAAAACGCGAUACGAUGGAAGAUCAAAGCAACGCAGCUCCCGCUGCCGCCGCGGAGAACGGCGCAAACACCGCGCAGGAGGUGUCGUCGACAACUCAGCCCAUAGAGCCCACAAAGCGCUCGUUGCGCGUGCAAACCUGGAAAAAGAUCCAGGAGGGAAACGUUGGCAUCGGAUUGCACAACAUAUUCAACCGAAUUCCUUCGUUUGUUGAUGCUGAUAAAGCUGCUGCAUUGCUUAUCAACGAGGAGGAGUUUAAGAAAGCACAGCACAUCAAGGUAAACAUCGACCGCGCCUUGCACGAAUUCAAGGAACAAGCGUUGCUGGCCGACAAGUCUGUUUACUUGCCCAGCACCCGGGACUCUGCGGCGCUAUGCCUCAAGGUAGAUGUGCCAGCCGAUGCCACCGAUGAGCAAAAAAAGGAGGCUCUGCGCGUCCAGGACAUCCAGAAGUUCCGCACGGAAAUCGGACUGGAUAGUGGUCUGAAGUUGGACAUAGUGGUGAUUGGCUCAGUCGUAGUGUCACGCGAUGGCUAUCGUAUUGGACGCGGGAAUGGGUUUGCUGAUCUGGACAUCGGCCUUCUUAUUGAACUUGGAGCCAUCACACCGCAAACAGUUAUUGCCACGAUCGUGCACGAUGUGCAGGUGGUUGACACUUUGCCCCUAAACCUAUUCCAGAAGUAUGACACGCCAGUGGACAUCAUUGUGACUCCCUCAGAAGUGAUCCGUGUGGCAAAGCGCUUGCCUCGUCCCAAUGGCGUCUUCUGGGAGCUUCUUUCCGACCGCCGUCUAAAGAUAUUGCCUGUGCUGCAGCAGCUUAAGGAGCGGGAGGAGAAGGCGGGAAAAUCGAUAUCUUUGAAAGAGGAAGAUACCGACGUGGAGCAGCAUCAAAACAACAGACGCCGCCGUGGGCCCGUGCGUCGUCGCUUCCAACGAGGAAACCCAGGACGGACCACCUCACAGACUGACAACGAACAACCGGGCGAGACUACCCAGAAACGCACUCCGCGCCGCAAAGGUCGUUUCGUCAACCGCCGCAGACGAACAACUAAGUCUGAGGGCGAUCAGUCUGGAGUUGAGGGAGGUGCCAAGAGUGAGGAUCGUAAGUUCGAAGAAGCUGACACAGGUGAGCGUCGUCCAAAGAAGAACAAGAACCGUGGACCGCGUGAUUUCUGCAUUAAGUUGACAAAUUUGACACGUGACAUACGCGUCAAGGACUUGAAAACUGAACUUCGUAAACGUGAAUGUAAUCCGAUGUCGAUUACUUGGAAGGGUCACUUCGGGAAGUGUUUCCUUCACUUCGGAAACCGCAACGGUACCCCCAGUACUCAGGAUGAUGUGGACAAGGUGCUGAAGUCGCUCAAUGAUCUCUCGCUAACCAUUACCACCGGUGGCGAGACUACUGCAGUUGCCGCAGCAGGGGCUGAGGGCGAUGCCGCCGUGAAAAGUGAACCAGCUGAGUCUGCGGCGCCUGUGCAGACCAAGACCAUAAACGUCAAUGUCGAGCUAAUUAAGUUUGGCGCCAAAAAGAGUGCCAGCACCAUUGGUGCAAAUGCAAGUGCAGGCGAUGACGGAAACGCUGCCGGCGGCGCGCAAAACGGAGGAGAGGCCGGGACUGUGAGUGUCGGCGACGAAGGUGGUGCACGCAUCGAGACUGUCGAUACCACCACAGUAUAGUAUGACUUCGCGCUUGGCGCAGCCAGUGAACGAUCGCGGCGGAUUUCCGCCGGCAGCGCAACGUUUGGAGUUCAACGAAAAAAAGUAACAUUUUGUUUAGAAAAAAUCGAAAAAUAUCAAACAAAAAAUGAAUAGAAAGCGAACUCCGGACAAACACAAAGUACACUCAACAUACACACUCACUAAAUACACACAGACAGUUAAAUGUGCAUACACUAAAGAUCAUGUUUUGCAGCUUGUAGUUUCUUCUUCUCCUUCAUUACUCUACCAAACAAGAAAAGCAAAAGCAAGUUUUUCUAACGAGAACACAAUCCAUUGACGCUUUUUCUAAACAAUUGCAUUUGUUU